AAGUUUCUUUUUCGGUCAUAUUUCAGUCCGUUUUCCAGCUAAUACAACAUGCGAGGGUUUAAAGCGACAGGGCACCCUUUUCCCAGCAUAACACUGUAGCUUCCGCUCCCUGCCGGCUGGCGGCGCUAGAGCCACCGCCAGCCGGCCUAGUGGUAAACAACCGUAGAAGAAGAGCAGGAGUACAAGAAGAGGAAGAGGAGGACUGAGUUGGAGCAAAGGAAGAACAGCAGACAAAGAAGAAGAAGAAGAGCAGUUAUUGAUCAUCUGAUCGAUCCGAAAGAUGUACUACUAUCGCUAUGACAACCCUGAGGUCAGCUGCUGCUACAAGUACCUGAUGUUCAGCUACAACAUCAUCUUCUGGCUGGCCGGAGCCGCCUUCAUUGCCAUCGGGUUCUGGGCGUGGAGCGAGAAGGGGGUUCUGUUGGACCUGACCCGGGUGACCCAGCUGCGUGGCUUUGACCCGGUCUGGCUGGUUCUGGUGGUGGGCGGAGUCACCUUCAUCCUGGGCUUCGCCGGCUGCGUGGGAGCGCUGCGGGAGAACAUCUGCCUGCUCAAGUUUUUCUCCGGGGUGAUCGGGUUCAUCUUCUUCCUGGAGCUGACCGUGGCGGUUCUGGCCGUGGUUUUCCAGAGCCAGGUCCGAGAGUGGAUCAACAACAUCUUCCUGCAGAACAUCAAGGCGUACCGGGACGACAUCGACCUGCAGAACCUCAUCGACUCUCUGCAGAAGAUGAACCACUGCUGCGGAGCCCAGGAACCCAACGACUGGAACCUGAACGUCUAUUUCAGCUGCAACGGGACCCAUCAGAGCCGGGAGAAGUGUGGCGUCCCGUUCUCCUGCUGCAUUCCCGACCCCGCCGACUCGGUGCUGAACACCCAGUGUGGCUACGAUAUCAGGAAGAAGGAGGAGAAGGAAUGGCGUGAAAAAAUCUUCGUCAGAGGGUGCAUCCCGGCACUGGAGGAAUGGCUGCCACGCAACCUGUACACCGUGGCCUUCAUCUUCAUCGUCAUCUCUCUGCUGCAGAUGGUGGGGAUCUACCUGGCCCGAACGUUGAUCGCCGACAUUGAAAAGGUCAAAUUCAGCCAUUGAGGCAUGUGAGGGCGGAGCCUCAGCCUGUGAGGGCGGAGCCUCUGCCUGCAAGGGCGGAGCCUCGGCCAGGUGUUUUGCGCCUGGCUGCUGAGUUGCAUGUGCCUUCAUCUUCUUCCAGUGCGGUCUUCCUCUGAUGUGCUCGUUGCUAUGGUUACUGAAAAUGUCUGACUGAACGUCGUAUUACUCUGCUGAAGAGCGCCACCUUGUUUUGUCUGCACCUGAUGCCUUCACUUCCUGCUUCACCUGAGAGGCCUUCCAGAACCGAUCGCUGGCCUUCAUCACGUCUGAUCACCUGAACAGCAGCAACUACAGCCACCACGUUACCAGUCUGGUUCUGGUUCUGUUCAGGUCACAUGACCCGCUCUUUAAUGAAUGUGAAUACCGACACUGGAAAACACGUUGGUCUGAAUAAAGUUGUGCUUGAAUAUUCUCUGAUUGAUCAAGGAAAUGAUUGGUUGAUCAGAUUAUUGACCCAGCCUCAUUGGGGAGCUUUUAUUUUGAAGGGAGUGAGUUUUGGCUUUUUUUACAAAGUGAAUUUUAAUCUUUUUUAUAUUCAGCAUAAUAAAAGUGACUUUUCCUCUU